CCGGCCGGCAGCCUCGUCGUGAAGCGGCUCUCCGAGCACGCCAAGCUUCCAGUGCGCGGCUCGCCGCUCGCCGCUGGCUACGACCUCUCGGCCGCGCACGCCUGCGUCGUGCCCGCGCGCGGCAAGGCUCUCGUCAAGACGGACCUGGCGAUGAUCGUGCCGGAGGGCUGCUAUGGCCGCAUCGCGCCCCGCUCCGGCCUCGCCUGGAAGCACUUCAUCGACACGGGCGCCGGCGUGAUUGACGCUGACUACCGCGGCAACGUUGGGGUG